AUGUCUCAAACGUCCGUCCGGCUGGCGGUGAUUCCUGCAAGGGCGCCAUGGCGCCUGGUUGCAUCCUCUCAGUUCCACACUCGGUCAAGCCCAUUGUUAUUUAGGCUCUCGUUUCCGCAGGUAUCAAAUAACCCUGCGUUCAGAAGAAGGCGCGCUGCAUAUGGCGCAGUUGGCACUGUUCUGGCAGUCUCCGGGUUCGCCUGGACAGCACAGACAGGAAACGUCGAGGUCCAUGAGGACCCCUGUGACAGGAGAGCCCUAACGACAGUUCCUAUGACGAAGCUGAUAUCAGGCUGGAUCGCGUUUGCAUUUUGUUCCUCGCCGACAUGGGUGGACGCGAGCGAAACCCUUUACAAUAUAGUCUCUCAAAUACCUAUUCUGUCCUCAAUUGCCAACGCGUUCAUCAUGCGCACGUUCUUCAAUCAGUUCCUUGGCGGCGAAACAACCUCUGAAUGUAUCCCCAAGAUAGAGGCGCUGCGACGGGAGGAAGUCGGCACGCUGCUUGGGUACAACAUUGAGGCCGAGCUCGACGGCUCAGAUAAGCGGAGGGAGCUCAUCCACGCACAGACCGAGCAUGUUCUGUCCUCAAUCGAGACUCAGGGACGACUGGCGAGAAAGUUCUGGCCGGACUCUACAACUACGAGUGGCGAUAAUCGCUGCUGGGUGCGGAUCAAAGUGACCGGUUUGGUCCCUAGUCCGGUGGCACUUUACCACGGCUCUAAUGCCAUCUUGUCCGAACGAUCAGCCAGAGGGCUUGACAAGGAUGUCCCGUAUCCUGGCUUGCCGCACGACGGGGACUGGGAAGCUGCAUUGAGUGGAGUGAGCACCAAAGACCGCGAGGAGCUGCUCGCUCUGCGCGCCAUUAUGGAGAAGAUCGCUACCAAGGCGCGCGAGAAUAACGUUCGGAUAGUGAUCGAUGCGGAGCAGACAUGGUACCAGCCGCUAAUUGACAGCCUGACUGACGAACUCAUGCAGAAAUACAACACACUUGACGGGCCCGCCACCUGCAUUGGUUCCUUCCAGGCCUACCUUCGCAGGUAUCCCCAGCUUCUCGACCAGCAAAUCAGACGUGCGGAAGAGAAGGGAUACAAGCUCCUCUUUAAACAGGUUCGCGGUGCAUACAUGGUCACCGAGGCUGCUAGAUGGAAGAGAGAAGGAAGACAAGGCUUGGGACCUGUAUGGCCGACUGUAGAAGAGACCCACGCUAGUUACAACUACGGCAUUCAAAGGACCAUCUCAACGAUUGCAGAGCAGAUCAAAAACAAUGAACACCUGAAGAUCGGCGCUGUCUUUGCUACCCACAACUCUAUCAGCAUUGAUCUCGCCAUCAAGCUGAUGGAGCAAAAUGGGAUGGCCAAACGCAUCGACGACGGGAAAAGACUGGUCUUGUCAAAUGAGAUCGCAGGCAGCAUUGCCUUUGCUCAGUUAUACGGUAACGGCACUUUUCUGACCCUGGAAUGCUCUCUCUAA